AUGGUGCAAAUUUGGCUAACUGAGCCGCAUCCAUGUGGUGAUCCUCGAUUGCCUCAUCAUCUAUUUCCACCAAAAAAUAUUACUCCAGAUGAACUGACAAGAAGGACUGGCGCGUUAUACUUCAAGAUUGAUACAAUGGAUCGCGUUGGUAUGUCGAAGCGAAUUGCCAUACUCAAAAUGGAAAGGAACUUAACAAAAGAAGACAUUUACGUACUUGACGCGGAGAAUACAGUAGAUUUUAGUGGAAAGAUUGAAGAACUUUUUGAAGAAUCAAAAUUAAGUUGUGAACAAGCACGCAUGAUUAUCGAUGGAUCAGCUUAUUAUGAUAUUGAAGAUGAUAGUGGAGCUUGGCUGCGAGUACUCUGUGAAUAUGGCGACUUAAUAAUUUUGCCCGCAGGCAGAUUGCUUAGGUUCACUACAACACCAAAGGUAUUUUUUAAAUUAUUAAAUUUAAAUUAUUUAAAUUUAAAAUUUAAAAUUUAA